CUUCAUUAUUGAAUCAGGUAAGACAUGUAUGUGCUUAUUGUACAUUUACACAGUAAAUAUCGUUCAAUUUGCUUGAUUUAAUUGAUAUAAUUUAAUUUUUACAGUUUUAGUUGCUUUUUGAGCCAUUUUCGUAAAAGCCAAAAAUUCGUUAAAACAUUAAUUUACCAGUAUGAAUUAUUAACGAUGAAAUCUAUUUUUCAAAUAUUGGUCUUUUAAAUUUUGAAUCUUCUGAAAAAAAUAAAUUUGAGUCCGGUUAUUUGUUUUUAAAGCUUUUAGAUGAUAUAUACUCAACAAGAUUUUAGUUUUUAGUGACAUUAAUGCAAAUGGAUCUUAAUUUAUAGUUCAGAGUAUGACUUAAAAGCAAUUGGUUCUUAGAUUACUGAUCUACGCGAGUUUUAAUUUUAUUCAGUCUUUUGGUUAUUUAAAUCACAUUUCAAUAUGAAAAUUUCUUUAUAGACUUAGUGCCGUGAAUAAGUUAAGUGAUCGUGGAAAAAUAAUUCGAAAAGAUACGAAAAUUGAAAUGACCUGAUUUAAAAUUUUAAAUCAGAAACAAUUAAAAAAUUCCUUUCAAAAUUCUCUACUUAAUGCAUCACAUAAUGCCUAUUUGAUAAAUAAUUUAAUUAGUUUUAUAAUGCAACCACAACGACGAAAGAAAAAGAAACGUCCUGUAUUGUCAUAUAUGCGUAAUAUUCGAAGUGUAGAAAUUCAGGCUGAUGAUGAAGGCAAAUUUGGUUUCACUUUAUCAGGUCAACAACCAUGUAUAUUAUCGUCUAUUGUGAAAAAUUCUCCUGCUGAUUUGGCGGGCGUUAAGAGUGGUGAUUUUUUAAUAUCAGUCAAUGGCAAGAGUGUGUGGCAUAAAAACCACGAAGAAAUUGUCGAGAUUAUCGGAACAUCAGAGUAUCAAAUAAGAAUAACUAUAGCUGAUAAUUACUUCUCUGACAGCUCUGAUGAAGAAGAUGCAUCUCAGUUUCGAUUCCGUCCAAAAUAUCCAUACAGUAAAACGAGAACGAAUCGAGUACAGACACAAAUGAGUAGCUAUGAAAAUCCACAUUCACGAAUUCCACCUAGAUUUCAUACUCAUCCUCCCUUACCGCAUAUCCAACAAAAUAAUAUGCGUAGUAAUGGAUUUGACAUUGCAAAUGUCAGUGCUGUUCUCAAAAAUCAACAAAUCUCAUGCAAUUCAUCCGCCCCGACAUCGACAGCAAUGAUGAUUAAUAAUUGCACGGAGAUAGUCUCAUUUGUCGUUGGAUAUCUUGGAACGAUAGAAAUGCCAAAACAAAUUGCUACAUCAUCAAAACUACAAACUGUCAGAAGUUGCAUCCGUAAAAUGAGACAAGAGAAACGAUCACCGACCCUAGUUUUAAUGAAUAUCCUACCAAAUUCCCUGAACUUACUUAACAGUAAUAAUGUAAUACUUGCCGCAUAUCCAUCCAAUCGACUCAACUAUAUCAGUUCUAGUUCAGAUAAUAAUAGUAAAUUUUUCGGUCUCGUCACCUCCGCAAAAUUUCAUGAAGAUGAUUCACACUUUGACUCUUACGACUCACUUCAGUUACGCCAAGCUGAAGUUGCCAUAUCUAAUAGCUGCCAUGUAUUUGGAAUUGAAACGAAAUUAAUUGAUCACAAUGCUCAUAUUGUCACCGCUGAAAAGUUUAAAAUUAAGUGCACUAAAGAUCUUAUAUCAAACUCCUGUCUCGAAUUUCCCACAACGUCUGACUACAUUUGUAGCAUUAUUAAAAGCAUGUAUAAUAUAAAAUCAGCAGAACAAACAGGGGAUCAUCGUUCGAUGGCCAUGAAAUUUAAUCAAAUUCAAAGGAGAAGUAAUAACUUUCAUGAUCCCCACGAACUCCUUUUACCCAACUCUCCGCAUCCAAGUAAUCACAGUGAAAUAACAACAUCCAGUAAUUCAGACAGCGGAAUUGGAUUUCAUAAUGAUCUGACAAAUAUUUCCGAUAGAAUUUUAGUUGUAGACUUUCCUAAUGCAAUUGAUAUCCAUAAUAAGCACUUAAAUCUCCACAGACAGAGAAAAUUAAGACCUUUAGGAAUCGUCAAUGAUCAUCAACUAGAAGAAAAUUCGAUAAGGAAUAUUAGAAGUUUUCAGCCACAACAAUCACAGCCAGUUUUACGUGUUGACAACAUGAACAUAUAUCAUGCUAAAUCAAAAUCAGCAGAUUACAAUUAUGAGAAUAUUGAAAAAUUGGCAGUGCGAGCAAUGCCCCUAAGAAACAUACAAAAUGAAAUUCAAAACGAUUAUGAAGAUAUUCAUCCAAAAGCAGUCACUGAUGUCUGGUAUGACGGUGAAAUGUUGGAUGAAGAUGGAAAUGAAAUUCAUGAACGUGCUAUUGAUGUGUCUACGUCAAAAAGUUCAACCGAUUUGCAGAAUAUUAUGAUUAGAUCUUGUGAUGAUAUUUUAAUGAUAAUGGAUAAGGAAGAUGCAAGAUAUCGAAAAGAAGACACAAGUGAUAAAAAACUUGUUGAAGAAGAAAGUCAAAUUGCAAAGGCUAAAAAUGAUGAUCAUGUAUUUUUGGUGCCGCCACUUCGAAACCAAAAGAAAUGUAAUAACAAUAAGAGAUCUUUAACAUUACUCGGUAAAUCCAAGUCAUCACAUGACGAUUCAAAGUCAAAGCACGAGAGCAAUCUCAAACACUACAAAUUAAGUCCAAAAGUAUUUGGUUUGGCUCGUCCGGUCUCAAUAAGCUUUGAAAAUGUAUCUUAUUCCUCGUCCAAGAGAAAGAGCUUAUUCGGACAUAAGAAGAAUGAAAGUAAAACUGAAGAAGAGGAAUUCUCCAUUUGGGGAAGUCUUCAAGAGCUGAGAAAUUGUGAGAAUGAUAAAAAACAGCAGCAGUUUACCAAUUUUUUAGAAGGAACAUACAGUGAACCGAAUUUAAGUUACGAUGAAUCUAAGCAAUCUCAAAAUGACUUGCCAUCUUCGUCUUUUAAACGUUGGGGACAAUCAUCCUUGCGAGCACGUCAGCAUGAAGAGAGACCACGACCAUCAUCACUAACGGCAUCUGAAAGUGACGUUUAUACGAAAAUUGUCGAUACUGACAGUAAUAAAGAUCGUUUUUCUUAUGUUGGACCAACAGUAUGGGGAACAAGCUUUGAAUUGCUCUUAAAUGACCAGAGUGGUCUUAAAAUUUUUGCCGAAUUUCUGAAGAAGGAGUUUUCGGGCGAAAACAUUUACUUUUGGACAGCAUGCGAAAGAUAUCGACAAAUUGCUGAUGAGGUUGAAAGACGAAAAGAAGCCAUUGCAAUUUAUGAAAAACAUUUGGCAAAUGGUGCUUUAGAGCCCGUAAAUGUAGACUGUAAUGCAAGAAACUCGACACGUGACGGCCUAUCGAAAGCCAAUAUUGAUCUUUUCGCAUCAGCACAAAAACAAAUUUUCAAUCUGAUGAAAUUUGAUAGCUAUCAGCGCUUUAUACGAAGCGAUUUGUAUAAAAAUUGCAUUCAGGCAGAACGAAAAAAUACACAAUUGCCAUAUGCAACGGAGAGUUUAGAUCCGUUACUUAAGAUUACUGUUCUGUCGAGUAGUCAGCAAAAUACAAAUAAUAAUAUCGCAUCAAAAUUGAAGAAAUCACUAAGUAAUGCGGAAGAUCGGAGACGUAAAUCUUUAUUGCCGUGGCAUCGAAGAACUCGUUGCAAGUCAAAGGACCGUGAAGAAGAUAAUAAGAAAAAUUCAACAUCAUCAUCGAAUACAUUAAAACAUAACUCAAAUCACUCAGGAGGAGAUAUUCACAGUUCAAGGAGUUCCUUAUCAUCUUUUGACGCCGCAAUAGCGAAAAUAUCAACAUUCGAUGAUGAAACAAGAAAUUCACUUUGCAGAGUGAUUUUAAAAGAGAAUGGUGCAACUACAAUAGUUCAAAUCAAGCAUGACGAAACGGUACGAGAACUCGUAGAAAGAGUAUUAGAUAAGAGAGGCUUCUCAUAUCAAGCAUAUGAAGUUUUCCUAAGUGGCACGACUAAGCCUCUAAACUUGGACGUUGUAUCAAAGGAACUAGCGGGAAAUGAAGUGUUUAUUGAGCAACGAGUAGUAUUUAAAUUAGACUUGCCAAAUCGAAAAGUCAUAUCGGUAAAAAGUAAACCGUGUAAAUUGCUCUACGAAGUCUUACGUCCUAUUCUUCACAAAUAUAGCUAUCGAUUGGAUAUGGUUCAUUUAUUUUCAAAGGAAAAUAAUGAUUUUAUCGAUAUUAAGCAUCACGUUACAACAGUUGAUGGACUAAGAUUGCAGAUUCUUUUUAAAAAUGAGAAUUCAUCCAAUAAUAAAAUAACUGAUGUUGGUCAAAAACCGAUUCUUCUUAAUUUCGACCUGAGAAAUGCACCUGUUACUUUCGUACGGGCACACAAAUUAGUAUCAAGUAUAAGUAAUCCGCAGCUUAACACGUUAGACGAAAUUACAAAUAAAGUUUUCAAUGAAGUAUUACAAUGCAAGAGUACGGACAAUGAAAUGGGAAAUGAAACUAAUCGAAUUGGCGAUCAAGGUUCAAUUAAAUCAGAAGACUUUGGAUCGGAAACUGAAACAUCUUCAGGAAUUUUCAAUCGUAUUCGAAGGCAGAACAAAAAAUCACAAAAAGCUAUGAGCAAGAGUUCUGCAGGAUCUGAAGAAAUUGAGAGUGAUAUAAAUGGAAUUAAAAAGCCAUUGAUUGCAAAGUGGAAAGCUGGCAAUCAGAAGCUUCAAGUCAAUAAUAAUCGUAGUACAAAUGACGAAUCGCUGUUAGAAAAUCUGAAACGUGCACAAUGUCUACGAAUUGAAGAUCAACGAGGAACUGAUAUAAAUUUUGAACUACCCGAAUUUCUAAAGGACAGAAAUAAGUUUGGUCAAAAGCUUCGAAAAACAACUCAAGAUGAUUCCUCAUCAAAUCCAUUAAGCUUAUAUAGCAAUGUAGAAUCAUUAUCGCCAAAUAGAAAUGAUUACACUAAACUGAAUAUUUCUCCAUCUCAACAGCAAAAGCCUCCACAACCUCUGCCUCGUACGUCUUUGGGUAAAAGUCCAAUAAAAUCAUCGCUUGAAAUUUCUUCAGUACAGUCAAAAAUUAAUAGUCUAGAAAAUGCAAUCUUAAUGAACUCAAGGUCAAAUACACCAAUCAAUUUAAAUCUAUCAACUCAAUGCAUGCCAGUUAUUAAAAGUAGACAUUCCGACGAUUUUUAUAGUACAGAUAUAUAUGGCGAUACAACAAUGGUUUUUAACCAUCGUGAUUUUAAAAAUAAUGAGAUCGAACAAAAGCCCCCAAAACUUCCACCCAAAAGAAACUUUUAUAAAAUCACAGAAGAUGUCAAUAAGGGUAUGUUAGAUAGAAGGAACUCAUCAAAUGACAUUCCAUAUCUCGAUGAACCAACUAGUAGCUUUGUGUGAUUCUUAAAACGACGUUGCUCUCGAUAUGACAAAAAAACUAAUUUCAGAUAAAAACAAAUUAAAAAUAUAUUCACAAAAAUUGAAAAUUUUGUGUGAAUAUGAAAGUGGUAUUAAUGUUUACAAAAUCUGAAAAGAAAUAAUAAAAACAAAAAUUCCUAAUUAUUUUAGACAUCA